GAAACCACAUAGCCAAAAUGCCCAAGGCUGCAGCAGGAAAGCGUGGCGCCAAGGAUGGUGGCAAGAAGCGCAGCAAGAAGGACCCCAACGCUCCCAAGCGCGGUCUCUCCGCCUACAUGUUCUUCGCCAACGAGCAGCGUGAGAACGUCCGUGAGGAGAACCCCGGCAUUUCAUUCGGCCAGGUUGGCAAGCUGCUCGGUGAGCGGUGGAAGGCCCUGAAUGACAAGCAGCGUGCCCCCUAUGAGGCCAAGGCUGCCGCCGACAAGAAGCGUUAUGAGGAUGAGAAGCAGGCUUACAACGCCGACCAGGAAGAGGACUCAUCGUAAGCGGGGGAUUUGCCAUGGUGGAAAAUUCGGAAUCAUGGUUUAGAUGAUUCUUUCUGCAAUGAUUCACGAAGCAUUGGGCUGAGGAUUAAUGGCAAUGGGCCGCUCGCCUUGCUUAGCCGAACAUGACAGGCCCAGGCUGGUGAUGUCGAUUUCUUUGUAUUAUGGGCAGGACGGUGUUGUACGAAUGCACGGAAUGGGUUGCGUACUAUUUGCUUUCAGGUGCCGGAAUUCAACGGAACAGGGUCUCGCAUUCUUGUAAUUGAGGACGGGGUAGUG